AUCUUAAAUUUUCAAUUGGGUACCGCAAUUAAUUGCCCAAUCAAUCAAUUGAGCAUUGAAAGCAUACGCUAGCGUAUCGACACAAUCGAAAAUAUGGAACAAAGUGCAAGCAGAGAAAAAAUUAAACUGAAACCUUGAAGGAGUUGCAUCCGUAAGAAAAGUAAAAUAAGCAUAAAAUACUCGUAGCGAGUAACAAAAGGCAAAUCAAAGAAAGGCCAUAUUACCAAAAGAAAAAGUAUAGCCGAAAAAUUGUCCAUGCAUUGAAGUGAAAAUUGUGUAAAUUAAAGUGGUCGUAAUUGGUGAAGUAGCAAAAGAAACAACGCACACAAUCGAGUUCUGUAAUAGCAGUCGUGUGCAAACAACAUUACAUAUAUAUCACGCUGCGGCGCCUACAAACAACGUCAGCAGCGGCAGAUUGUCAAGUUGCGCUUGUCGGUCGUUUCAAAAACCACAUACGCUUCCUGUUUGUACAUUUGAGAAACCCACAACCAAUAUAUAUUUAACGACUGAGCGUUUAACGCGUAUAAUUUUGACCGUGAAACUUCAAGGGAAUCGCAAACGUUGUCUUCGUUGCUUUUAGAGACGUCGUCUUCAAAACACCCAUCAUCGUGGUUGUGGUCGUUUGCAACGCCAAAUCACAACCCGUACCGCCCCCUACACACGAACAGCUCAUCCAUUGCACACCUGUGACAUACGUACACAUAUACAGCGCAUUAACUCGCGCCAUUCAUACUUACUGGCUGCCAAUAUACACAUACGCAUGUACAUGUGCAUUUCAUUUGGCAGCGAGCUUACAGACGACAUCUUUGCCACUGGACUUUGGCAGGCCGUAUAGGAGAUGCCUGUUAGUUUGCCAUGGGUUCACAAACCUUGGAGAUAUUGCGCCAGGGCGUGUGGGCCUCACUGACCGGUGGCUGGUUCUAUGAUCCCCAUCAGGGUGUCUUCUGUAAUGUGGUACACCUGUACCUUUGGUUGUACUUGCUGUGCUCACCGUUUGUCGCCUAUCUGUAUUUUCCAAGUACUUGGCUAACAUGGUGUAUUUACUGCACGCUCACAAGCUUCACCAUAUUGCUGGUGAAACUAGCCAAUAUGGCGCUCCAUCGCCUCUACGAUCGGGCGCAAACCAUGUCGGAGGCGAAUCUCAAAAAUCCAUUCUUCAAAAUCACCAAGGAAACGGAACCACGUGAAAAUGAGACGGGCAUCGAAAUGAAGGUGAUGCGCAACGAUGGCUCACAUAAUUCCGUGGAACAGGCCAUAAACGAAGCAAGCGAGGAGAACAGCAUGAUGUCCAUGGAGAAUGUAAAUAGCAUAAUUGACCUCAAGGUAGACGUACAUCGCAAGAACAGUUCGGAAUCCAUUGAAAUGCUCUUCUAUCCCCCCUCGUUGGUAUCUGGGAAUAGCCAGCAGGAUCAACAGUCACUUGCUGGCUCCGUUAGCGUCACAAAAUCCAUACGUUCCACCAAUGCGCCCGUCACUGGCGCACUCAGCGUCUACCCGGAGCAUGAAAGUGAACAUUUGAGCAACGCCGACGCAACCGCGCACCACAGCACAUUAAAGCCCGGCGCCAUCAGCAGCACCGCUACCAACAGCGCCACCACACGCCACAUGCCACACUUAUUACGCAAAUCAUCGGAAGAAUUCAAGCGUCGUCAUCAACGGCGGCGACUUGAACGUCAAGGCAGCCUGGAUGCCGCCGCCGAGUCGUGCUUGGCCAACAAACUGAUACGCAAUCAAUCGGAUACAAUUGCGACCAGCGUCGCUGCGCGUUGCAAUGACAAUUUUUUGCAUCCGCAAGACGUGAACGUCGCUGUAGCUACCAAAUCUGCCUCAGCAUCGAAAAUGGCACACAAUGCGCUGGGCACAAUUGCGUUAGACGCUGCCACACAACGAACUGCCACAACGACUAGCGCCACGACCACUCUGACGCUCCCAAGUGCUAACGCAACGUCAACGGCAACAACGAAUAUGUCAAGUUCCUCAGGCGCAAGCGGCGCUGCAGCUGGCGGUGUUGCACUGAAUGCGAACCCAACGCUGUCGUCGGCCAAGAAUACGCGUCUGCAACGGCAUCGCAGCUCCGAAACGCAUGAUGAGCGCAUGAAACAACAAAAUCGCAGCCUCUUCCUGCCCAUUCAUCACGAGCACCAGGCGCACCAUGUGUCCAGCGGCGCCAGCAGCAGUAGCGCGCUGGCGGCGAUAGUCGGUGACAUCAUGGAUGGCGAUGACAUGGAGUUGGACGGGCUGGGCGGCAGCGCAAGCGGCAUGUCAGGGCAUGCAGACACGCGUGCGCGCGUUCUGCAGCCGUGGAUACUGGGCUCUUCCUCCGAUGUCUAUAUCGACGAUGACAGCUACACGAAAUCGGAUUUUGGUAUCGAACAAUUAGAUGGCCGCAAAUCGAAUCGUCCCGGGUUCCUAUUGCAGCAGCAGCAGCCAUUCAACUCGCAUUACGCGCAGUACCAGCAGCAGUUCUACCGCACGCCUCACCACCACCAUCAUCGUCACGGCGUUGUCAACAUACGCAAAGACUCCAGCAGCACCAGGUCCGCGCUGCAACUGCCCGUUGGGAAUGCGAAACCGAAUGCGGGUUGCGGCGCGGGGAGCGGCAGCGGAAUGAAGAGACGCCGGCAUUCCAAUGCCACCGCUUUGUAUAAAGGCGGCGCUGGUGGUGUGGGCGCGCCGAAUCAUGUGCACUCCAACGCUUUGGCCGCCGCUGCUGCGCUGGCAUCCGGCCAGCAACCGACUGUGCGCCGCAUAAAGAGUGCCGCGCUAGAGAUCUCCUGCCCGCGUCCCUCAGUCUCGAACCUCAGCCCACAUCCCAACAGCGUGGAGGCGAUCAACGGUCAGCAAAUGAUAAAGAAUCCGCAAUCCGCCUUGCUGCCGCCACCCAGCAAGUGUCUGGUGCGCAAUCAACAUUUAAAUCUGUGUCCGAAGUUCGGCGGCAGCUUUGGUGGUGCGAGCAGCAGUAGUGGCGGCAGUAGCAGUCUGAACUUCGGCACAAGCGGCUCGACCACGGCGCUCAUUGAGCCCGUUUCGCCCAUUGUAGAGCAAUCGGAUGAGCGCGCCUCAUCGUUGGAUGUGGCAACGCAGCGCAGCGACUGCACGUUGGAACUGAACGACGGUGAUGGCGUUGACUGCGGCGAUGAGGAUGAGGACGAAGAUGUGGAAGACAUCGAGGAAGGCAAUGAGGAAAAUGACAUUGAGCUGGACGAUCUGGAUGACGACGAGGAUGAUAAUGUCGACGACGAGGUGGAUGAUGUGCCGAUGCGCCGCAGACGCAAGGCGUUGGGCUGCCUACACCACAGCGCCGAAUCGGAUGUGGGUGAUAUACUGGGCGAUGAAGUGGACAACGACGAAGACGACGAGUUCAAAGACUUUGAUGACGAUUUAGAGCAUGGACUGAGCAACGCUGAACUGAAAUCCGUCGUGUGUGAGGUGCCGCAAGUCAGCCAACCAAAGACGGAUUUCACAGAUGAUUUUGACCACAUACUCAAUGGACUAGAGCAGAUACAGCAGGAUUUGAAGCGUUCGGCGGCGGAGAACAAUCGCAAAGCUCAUGUUUAUGCGGCUGACAGUGAGGACGAAGUGGAUGAGCACUCGACAAAGCAGCGACAAUCACUUUGCUCGACAUCGGCUCAUACCAAAGUUUUACCUGCGCUGGACGACGAACAACCGUCGACUUCGCAGACCUUACGACAGCGUUUACAUUCCACCGAUUCGGAGACGGACAACAACGGCUCACGCUCGCCUCUGCUUAGUGGCAAAUCAUGGCAGCAUAGCAGCAAUAAAAGUCAAGCCGCAGAGCAGGAUAUGUACAUGGAGAUCUCGGCAUUGCAGAAGCACAAAAACCUGGCUGGACAUCACGUCAGCGUAGGCGUUGCUGCACCACAACACGCCUACGAAAUGCGACCGCAGCAUGCUGCUCGCGCUGAUGGUGACUCCGGCUGCCCCUCAAGUGAUUGCGAGCAGGUGAGCGCCAGCUCAAAAGACAUGCUGCUGUCGGGCAUGGAGGCGGCUGUUAGCGUUGCGCCGCCCAAAGCAAAGGCGGAAACGCAGAAAGUGAAUAAAGACGUCGAAGAGGGCUUGGAAUGUGGUAGAAAACCGUCAACCAGCGCGGGCGCAAGUGGCAGCAAGAACCUGGGCGCCAUACCAAAGGUCGUGAAAUACCGAGAAGUAAAUGAGACGGCAAGCGGCAGCGGCGGUGGUGGUUCACAGCUGCAUAAAAGACGCGGUGGCAGUGCCGGUGCAACCAGCACGAAUACAGAGAUGUCGCUGGUGCCAUACAACGCGCAUCAUAGCGUGACGUCGAAAGCUGCCUCGCGCACCUCGUCUUCCACAUCAUCGCGCAGCAUAAGCGCCGACUCGUUCUCCGCAGACAUACACAGAAUGCUUUGGCUGAUGACUGAACACGGGUGUCCAGAGGGCACACAACAGGGUUACGCUACAGCAAGCAGCGCGGCAACUGGCGCAACAAGUAACGUCAUCGGCGCUGGUGCCGGCAGUGGCUCAACUGUGACGGCUAAUAUGUCGAGCGCACAUUUUCAGUUCUACCAGGACGCCAUACAGGCGCUCAACACCUAUCCAGCCACCUCGACUGAUAGCCUCUGGCUGACCGAGCGCAUGUACUACCGCGACAAGACGCGGCGCAACUCUAAACAAAUUUCCGAGCCAGGCAACUCCUCCAUUGGUGAUUACUCGCACGCGCAUGAGCUGCAAUCGGCGCAACUGAGCAGUCAAUCGGGCGCUACAACAGCGCCCAUACGCAAUCUGCAUCCGCCGCUCGGCGUGGUGGUCGCCUCUUCGUCGUUGAACGCACGCACAGUAUACAACGGAGCUGGACUCUCCAUACAGGGACUCAUAAAUGUGCUCAACGACGAGGGUCAACAGCGCGGUUCGCAAGGUCGCUCCGGUAGUGGUAGCAAUGCCACCGGCACUGGCACGAGGUUACUCAAUGGUCGUCCCAUAGAGAGCUACUUUCGUCCAUCCUUCCCGUUGUCUGCUGAAAAGCCAGUGGCACCAAAGAGCUACUACAAGUAUCGCUUCAAGUGUUGUGGCUAUGAGCACGAAUUCAAGAUCUCCAUGGACCGGCUGGAGCUGUUGGCGCUGUUCGAUCGCGACCUGCAUUGGCUGCAUAUAAUGUUGUCAGUGUUGUUGUGCGCGUUGGUCGCCUAUCUCGGCGCCACUAUUCUGCAGCUGGGCUACUACAAAGAUCUGUUCGCGUUCUUAUUCUGCGCCGUAAUAGCGAGCGCGCAGUACUCGUUAGUGAAGAGCGUACAGCCGGAUGCGGCCUCACCCAUACACGGCUUCAACAAGACGGUGGCUUACUCACGCGCCAUUUACUUCUGCAUAUGCAGCGCUAUACUCUUGCUUUGCGAGCGCCUGAAGCGUGAGUACGAACAACAGCCUGUGCCGCCGGCGGUGUUGAGCUUCUUCGGUGUGCGUUAUUCGCCGCUGGUGCUGACCGCGACCGUUCUGCAAGUGAUGUACGUGUUCCUAUUGUGCUUCCCUAUAAUCUUCUCUUUGGGGCUCUUCCCGCAGAUCAACACGUUUCUCAUGUAUCUGCUGGAGCAAAUCGAUAUGCAUGUCUUCGGCGGCAACGCAGCCGGCAGCCUAUUGGGUGCUUUUCUUUGUGUGCUGCGCUCCAUACUCGGCAUCAUGCUGCUGUAUGGCCCACUCUACAGCGCAUUCGCUGAGGCACGCGGCACGCAAUUCAUUGUGUUCUCGCUCUUUUGCGCCAUACUCGUGCCGCUCGGCUACCAUCUAUCGCGCUCGGCCAGUGAUUUCAGCCAUCUGUGGGCGCUCAUCAAGAACUGCAUUGUCAGCACUUACCAUGACGAUGAUGAUGAGGAUGAGCUGAGCGCCGCGACCAUCGACGGCAGCGCAGCGAGUAGUCAGAAACUCACUACGAAUACAACACUGAAAGGGCGCACGAAAAGCAACAGCGCACGCGCACACGAACAAAUUGAAAUGUCUGCGCUGGAUGAGAAACUAACGACGGAGUUGGGCAAACGCGGCGUACUCGAACACAUAAACAUCGAAAUAGAGGGCAAGAGCAGUAAAUCAAAGGCAUCCUCACUGGCGAGCAGCAGUCAAACACUUGCUAAAACGCAGUCAAGCAAUAGGAAGGGUAUGACCACGUCAAACUCCUAUGUGUCGGUGGCGAACGGCAGCGGCGCGCUUGUGCCAAGCGCUGAGAGUGCUCAAGGCGCAGCGGCGGCAGCUGGAGCCAACAGCAACGGCGCACAGUUGUUUGAAACUGAAGCGGUCGAUGCGGCGAGCAGCGUAGUCACAACUCCAACAAAUGCGUCAAAUGAGGCCGCAGGCACCAAGGAACCGACACCGGUGGACGCCGCGCAGCACGCCGUAAGAGCAAAGUCGGCAGAGGUGGAUGUCACUGCUGACGCGCAACAACAAGCGGCCGAGGAGGAAGACAAAAUGUCCAGCUCCUCGACUACCAACCCUGGUGACAUGUCCACGCUGACCGCAGGUGGCGUCUGCGCCGAUGUGGAGCCGGCCGCCUUGCCGACGAACGCCGGCAGCGCGAACCUGGACAACGACAACGACUCGCCCGAUCCGCUCCCCAAGAAGCUGCAGGCCACCGUCAAUAUGCGGCUGAAGAAUGAUCUUGUGGUGACCACACUGCUGGCAGUGGUUGUCUUCGGCCUGCACUGCAGCACCGUCUUCACCGUGUUGCAGCCGGAUCUGAACAUCGUGCUGUACGCCUUCACCGGCGGUCUGGGGCUGCUGCUGCAUUACAUCAUACCGCAGAUGCGCAAGCACAUGCCUUGGCUCUGCUUCGCGCGUCCGCUGCUGCGCCAGAAGGAGUACGGACAGUUCGAGGUGUCGCACGCGCCGAAGGUGAUGUGGUUCGAGAAGGUCUACAUCUACCUGUGCAUGCUGGAGCGGAAUGUGAUGUUUCCGCUACUGGUCAUCUCAGCGGUCACUGCGGAUGCGCAGAUAAUUGCCAACAAAUUCGGCAUCGCCUGGGGCACGCUAAUUGUGGCGGUGUGCGCGCUGAAAUUGAUUCGCAACGCGUACUCGGACCCGACAAAUCAGUAUCUAAUUGUGAUGUUCACCGUUUUGUGCUUUCGCUACGACUUCGCCUUCGCAAGCGAGACGUUUCUCAUCGACUAUUUCUUCAUGUCGUUGGCCUUCCGCAAGUGCUGUGAUUUUCUACUCAAGCUACAAUUCAUCGUUACCUACAUCGCGCCGUGGCAAAUCACGUGGGGUUCAGCGUUCCACGCAUUCGCACAACCAUUCAGCGUGCCGCACUCGGCAAUGCUCUUCCUGCAGGCUGGCGUCUCAGCCAUACUCUCCACGCCGUUGAAUCCCUUUCUGGGCAGCGCCAUAUUCCUCACCUCGUAUGUGCGUCCCAUCAAGUUCUGGGAGCGCGACUACAACACGCGCCGCAUCGAUCAUUCCAAUACGCGUCUGAGCUCGCAGCUGGAGCGCAAUCUGGGCGCGGACGAUAACAAUUUGAACAGCAUUUUCUACGAGCAUUUAACGCGCUCGCUGCAGCACUCUCUCUGCGGCGACCUACUGAUGGGCCGCUGGGGCAACGUCAACCAAGGCGAUUGUUUUGUGCUCGCCUCGGACUACCUCAACUGCCUGGUGCACAUCAUCGAGUUGGGCAACGGGCUCUGCACCUUUCAGAUGCGCGGCUUGGAGUUUCGCGGCACUUACUGCCAGCAACGCGAAGUGGAGGCCAUAACCGAGGAUGUGGAGGAUAACGACGGCUGCUGCUGCUGCGAUCCGGGUCACUUGCCGCGCAUGCUCAGCGUGAACGCCAUGUUCUCCACGCGCUGGCUCGCUUGGCAAGUGGUCGCGGCGCAAUAUGUGCUCGAGGGCUAUUCGAUAUCGGAUAACUUGGCCAGCGCCACGUUGCAGGUCUUCGAGUAUCGCAAAGUGCUCAUCACCUAUUACAUUAAGAGCAUCAUUUAUUAUGUGAUCAAGAAUCCGAAGCUCGAGCAAUGGCUCGCCUCGGCGCCGAUACAGGAAGCGCUUCAGCACACACUCAGCAGACAGUUUGUGGAUCUCGAUCCCAUUUUCAACUACAAUCUCGAUGAGGAUUUCGAUUUCCGCGCAGUUGGCAUCACGCGCUCAAGCUUCUGCUAUGUAUACCUCAGCUGGAUCAACUAUUGCUUUGAUAAGCGGAAAGAGUGUCAGAAUGCUACAGCGUCACCGGCGAAUAAUAACGGCAGCAGCGCAACACAAGCGGCGCCGGCCGCCCAACAACCGCCACACACACCCAACACCAAUAACAAUAACAACAACAGCGCGUACAACGACUCGAAGAGCACGCCCAAUCUCUCCACCACCGCGACAACCACUACAAGCAAAUCACAGUCACAACAACAGUUGCGCACGCGUCCGCAGAAGAGCGCCACAAUGAGCGGCAGCACCACAACGAAUUCCUCGGAGCAUAUCGCCAUUUCGCCCUCAUUUGCCAACAUUUCGCGGCAGACGUCUGAGUCGGCGCCGGGUUUGAGUGGCGUAGGCGGUUGUUAUAUCUCCGCAAGUGCCGUGCAUGCGCCGCUUGACCACAGCUUUACGAACAGCGCGGCAACAGUGGGUGCCAGCAUCUCAGCGGCGGCCAAAAUGCCAACACUGGGCCAACAAAUGCGCGGCGGUAAGUCAGUGGGUGCUGGUGCCGCAGCAUUAAAAGCGCUGCGCAAAGAAGCCUCACCCACGGCUAGCGCAAACGCCACGAACGCGCCUAAUGGCGGCACAGAGCGUGCCGCUUCAGAAGAGACAAAUUGCGAGCGCCCGUUGCUGAAGUUGAAAGUUCCCAGUGUGACAAAGGAUUCACCGAUAGUCUCGCUCUGCCUGGCGCUGGGAUUGUUGGCGCGCCGUUCGUUGGCGAACGCUUCGCACAGCUCGCUGACGGGUGUAGAGUUCUUCUUGCACGGCUUACACCAGUUGUUUAAAGGCGAUUUUCGCAUACAGUCGCCGCGCGAUGAGUGGGUCUUCGCCGACAUGGAGCUGCUGCAUGCUGUUGUGGCGCCCGCCGUGAAGAUGGCGCUGAAGCUACAGCAAGAUCACAUCUCUAAUCCAGAUGAGUUUCACUAUCCGGAGGCGUUGUACGAGGCGAUCGAUACGUGCGCAAAUGAUUUGGUUAUAUCACACGAGGCGGAUCCUGUGUGGCGCAGUGCAGUGCUGAGAGGCGCGCCCAAUUUGCUCGCCUUGCGCCAUGUGAUGGAGGACGGUUCAGACGAGUAUCGCAUAAUCAGACUGACGAAACGUUUCCUCAGCUUCCGUGUGAUCAAGCUCAAUCGCGAGUGCGUGCGCGGCCUGUGGGCGGGGCAGCAGCAGGAGCUCAUCUAUUUGCGCAAUCGCAAUCCCGAACGCGGCAGCAUACAAAAUGCCAAACAGGCGCUACGCAACAUCAUCAAUUCAAGCUGUGAUCAACCCAUCGGUUACCCCAUAUACGUUUCGCCGCUCACCACUUCUUACGCGGACACCAAUGAGCAACUCUGUAAGGUCAUCGGCGGCGCCAUCACGUUGGAGUCGAUCAAAUCGAACGUGCUGGACUGGUGGCAUCGCAUACGCGAGCGCUGUCGUCAAGGCUGCAGCUCAGGCUCGGCGAUGGAAAGCUCUAACCUCGGCCUGGGCGUUACCGGCGGAAUGGGUAGUGCCACAGCGGGCAGCGGCGAGUCAGGCGGUGACAUUGCGCCCAUCUACAUCUCGGCGCCGCUCUACAACACGCUGACAGUAGGAAAUAUGUUCGGCUGUCGCCCGGUGCAUGGCGUCUCCGUACCAACCACCAUUGGCGCUACACUUGGCACGCAAUUUGGCAGCGAUGGCGCGGUGGUUACACCGUUAUGGCGUUGUCCUGUGGUAACGGCAAAGCCAGCGCUGCUCGCCGGCUUAUUGAAUCGUGAACGCGAACAGGAGCACGAACGCGAACGUGAACGCGAACAAUUACGCGGUGUCGGCAUACGUGUGUCGCAUUCGCUGUCGCGCGUGGAGCGCGAACGCCGUGUUACACUGCCUAUUGCAAGCACUAGCGGAAGCGCGAAUGCUGCAGAGGGGGGUUGUAAUGCGGCGCAAACAACGACGAAAUCUGCAGAAUCUGCGCGUCAAUUGGAGCCGCAUGCUGGCGUUGGCGGUGAGUUACAGCCGAGCAGCAGCAGUCCGCGGUAUACCAAAAUGUCCAGUUCGUCGGGCAGCAUCGGCAUUGGCAGCAUCAUAACGACGCCGGGCGACUAUCCGCGCAAAUCGAAGGGUCCAAUCAGUCUUACGGCGGCCGCAGCACUGGCCGCAAACGAACGUAGCGGCGUGCCCGAGAUGGGCGGCAAGUCGAGCAGCGCUGAUAUGGUGGCUUCUUUGGCGGCGGCGGGACACGUGCCGCGCAUCGGGCUGUACAAGAGGGUCGUCAUAAUCGAUAACUCCGAGAUUUUUAAUCGCAUCGAUGUCGGACAUCGCUUCAACAUGUUUUGGCCCACUGAAGAGAUGCGCGCCAAAGGUGGGCGCUCCGCGUGGAAGGAUUGGCUACCUUGUAUCGGAAUGGUCGGCUACGUAGUGCACUUCUGGAUGCCCGGGCAUCGCGAUCCGCUCUUCCGUUCGCCCUUCAACCGCGUCGUCUAUCUGGUGGCCAUGAAUGGUUACUAUGUGCCCGUCGGCGAAUUCGGCAUACGGGAAUACGAUGCGAUACGUGAUGGUGAUGAUGGACUCAGUGAAGAGGAGGAAAUGGCCACUGCUGCGGCGGGUGUCUUGGUCGCAAUGCGCGCGGUUAAUGCGCGACGAAGCUCCGUGCAACACGAGCUCCACGAAUUGGAUGAGCUACAGCUGCAGCAACGCGAACGUCUACGCGGCGAAGGAUUAACACCGAUACUGGGCAGCAGUCUCGAGUCACCGACCUCACAUUUGAUGGGCAGCAGCGUUCUAAGUGGCGUCGGCGUCGACGUCGACGUAGAUUCCUAUACGUACGACGACACAAAAGUCGAAGACCACGGGCCGCCGGUAGACGCUGUCGGCGAGCGGGCGAGCGUUAGUGGUACGAUGAUAAAGACGUUACCUGGUGCGAUCACAUGCGGCAAUGUGCAAAUGCGCGCAGUGAGCAGCAGCAGUUCCGAGGAUGAAGCCGAACUGCUCAACUACGAAAUGCAGCGACGCGAACAAUUCUUCAAUAUGUGGAAACUCAUGUCGGAGCACAAGGACGCCGAGCUCAAGCAAGCAGAGCAGGCGAAGCGUGAAGAACACGCGAAGGGGCUGAGUCCAGAACCUGCGGGGAGUGAACAGCCGGAAACAGACACUGCCGUAGCAGAGUGUGGAGGAGACGCGAGAUCGUCAGUUACGCCGAGUGAUGCCUCGGUGCGAAGGGAUGAUGCUGUCGGUGGACAGGAGUGUGAAAGGGGGGAAGUAGAAAUAAGCUCAGCUUGCGUAACACAGUUGGAACAGCAAACACUGCCAGAAAGCAGCGACGUUUAGCAGCUGCUGAGCAAACCGCACGGCAAUGUAGCGUUAAUACGGUACAUACUCACUCUAUUGAGCUGAGGGGGACUAUAUGAAAAAUGAAAAGUUGUUGAAUUUAAUAGCCGCCAAAGUGGCAAAAUCAAAAUGAACAAAUCAUGAAGCAGAAAGAGAAAACAACAAAAACAAGCACUCGUUUGUAAGAUUUACUAAAUAACUGUAAUUACAUGCAUACAUACAUAUAUAUUAUUGCUAAUUAGUGUUAAUUUGGAAUAUUUUAAGUUUUUGUAAUUAUGUAAGGUUGUUGUAAUCGUAAGCACAGAAUCAAAAAACAAACAAAAAAAGGAAAUGCAAGUAAAAACAGGUGAAAAUAAUAAUUGUAUAGAAAAUUAUGAUAAAGAGCAUAUUAAAAUAUAUCAAAAAUAAUGAAGGCGCAAAUUAAGUUAUAAUGCAUAGCAGAAAACAUACAUACAAAUGUACAUAUACGUAUCUAAGUGUAGCAUUCGUUAAGGGCAAGCAAAACAAAAAAAAAAAAAAUAAGGAAAAUUAAAAAUAAUUAUUAAUAAUAAUUAAUUCAUACCGAUUAAUAACGGAUACAUACUCAUUCCUAGAGCAAUUGCAAAUCUUCCUACUGUACCUACGUAAUAAGUAUAGCGCAUACAUACAUACAAAUACACAUACAAACACACAUACAUUUAUGCAUAGAACGCAUGCAUACACCGUUAUAUUUACACACACACACACACACACACACACACACACACAUAAACACAUUUUAACCGUAGCUGUGACGCCAAAAAUGCAUAGAACAAAGUAAAAAAUGCUUAAAAGCCAAACUUAAGUGCAUUAAAAUUAUUCACACACACACAUAUACACAUACACUUAUACACUUACAUCCAUUUAUAAAUUUUUUUUGUGUUUUAUAAGCGAGACACAUAAUUUAUUUUAAGCUAGUGUGAAAGAAAAAUUAUAUUAUAAUAAAAUUUAAAAAAGUUUUUUAUGGAAUAAAAAAUAUUUAUUUUUCAUAUUUUGUAUUUACAAUA